GGGCGCCGCCAUUUUGUGAGGAGCCGCCGCGCUGGCUGCGGCCGCAGCCUCAGUACCGACGGCAGCGGCGAUCCGGGCGCGGCGCAGCGGCCGGGGUCUGCUUAAUGGUUGAAUAGAGUGACCCCCUCCAGGGAAUCCCCAGCUGACGGUUACGUAAGGGACCGUGCGCAAUUGCCGCGCUCCGCAUGGCAGCCCACCUAGCCCUGCUACGCAACGCGCCCGGCCGCCCGCCGCCACCCACCGCCGAGCGGGGCGAGGAGCGCCACUCACCUCCGCCGCCUCCCCUCGCCGAGGGGGACCCCGUGGCUGCAGGAAGGCACGGCCAGCAACCGUCGCCCCUCCUGAAGGCAGGGUGCGCUGCGUGCGUCGGAGAGAGCGAUUUGGACCCUCAGUCGCUUGUUUGUUUUCAAUCUCUCUGGCUUUGGGAGUCUCACUGCUGAAAUAGCAGAUACUCAGAGUGCCACACGCGGGGGUGCAGCGCAGGAGCUGCUGCGGGUCUAAUUUGGGGGUGAUCUCCUAAUGCUGCAGCAAAUAGACACUGCAUUUCUUACACUGAAAUUCACGCACCACCACUCCAUCCACACACAGAGGCCCAUUUUCAAUAUUUAUUAAUUUGAAACGUGUUUCUUUCCUAGCUCCCUGACCCCCCAACAAGUGUGAGCCAAGGGCAGACCUUCAGUGGGCACCUGGCUGCGUGUCUCCAUAUCUACAUUCAAGCUGAAACGGCACUCGAGAGCAAAAAAAAAAUCUCCCUAAAAUAUUUGUGUGUGUGUGUAUAUAUAUGUUUUAUUUCCCGAAGUAAGUUAGAACAUGCAAUAGAAGGGAAUUACAGUUUUCCUCUAAGUGCUCCCUUGGGGCCAUAAUGUGCCCCACAGCUCCUUGCUGACUUUAACAAGGAGUUCUGCUUAAGGACAACGCAAGGCCCCGCCUGGCCCCGGGUUUCAGCGCCGGCUGUGAGGGAGGAGUGCUCCUCCAGAGCCCCACCUGCAGCUCAGUUACCGGUAGGGAGGCACAGAGGCCUACCUGGAGCCCCGCAGCUUCACCACGGGGAUGUUUGGGGCUGAAGGCCCCGCAGGCCCCUCUCGCCCCAGCUGUGUGGCCUGGCCGCAGGUAUCCUCCUACGCUCCUAGGCGCUGGAUACACGUGAUGAGGGAAAUAUUUACAAAUACUGCACCACCAUAUGCAGAGAGGAAGGUGGGCUGCCGCUUCUAGCUAACGCCUGUGUGGGGACCUUUUUUUUAAUACAAAAAUGGCAAAUUCGACGGGUAAAAACCACGCAGACCAGCGGAGAAAGGGACUCGCUUUCCUGGACGAGCUGCGGCAGUUUCACCACAGCAGAGGGUCUCCUUUUAAGAAGAUCCCUGUGGUGGGUGGGAAGGAGCUGGAUCUUCACGCUCUCUACACCAGAGUCACCACUUUAGGCGGAUUUGGGAAGGUCUCCGAGAAGAACCAGUGGGGAGAGAUCGUGGAGGAGUUCAACUUUCCCAGAAGUUGUUCUAACGCUGCCUUCGCUUUAAAACAGUAUUACUUGCGUUAUCUAGAAAAGUAUGAAAAAGUCCAUCAUUUUGGGGAGGAGGACGAGGAGGUACAACCAGGCAAUCCAAAGCCACAACUUCCCAUUGGUGCAAUCCCAACUUCCUAUAACUACCAGCAACACAGUGUGUCAGAUUACCUUCGUCAAAGCUAUGGGCUAUCUAUGGACUUUAACUCACCAAACGAUUAUAAUAAAUUGGUGCUUUCACUGUUAUCUGGACUCCCAAAUGAAGUGGAUUUUGCAAUUAAUGUAUGUACUCUUCUUUCAAAUGAAAGCAAGCAUGUCAUGCAGCUUGAAAAGGACCCUAAAAUCAUCACGUUACUGCUUGCUAAUGCUGGGGUAUUUGAUGACACUUUAGGAUCAUUUUCUGCUGUAUUUGGAGAAGAAUGGAAGGAGAAAACUGAUAGAGAUUUUGUUAAGGGAUCUUUCCUGCCUAGGCAGGAAACAAAUGUUGAAUGGACUGAGAGCAAUCAAGCCAGUCUGCUUAAACCCAAAAAAGGUGAUUUAGGACCCUCUUCCCGUGUAAAGAGAAGGAAUAGAGGCUGCAAUCUCACUCUGAACUUAAGAUGUCUCAACACCUUUACUCAGUUUUGGAGGGAUAUUGUUGAGGAUAUUGAAGUACGUGACCUAAUUUCUGACAGAAGCAAAUCUCAAGAUAUUCCAUCAGAAGAUUGGAUUUGGGAAUCCUUAUUUCAUCCACCUCGCAAACUGGGCAUUAAUGAUAUUGAAGGGCAGAGGGUACUGCAGAUUGCAGUGAUUUUACGUAAUCUUUCUUUUGAAGAGGGAAAUGUUAAACUUCUGGCAGCUAAUCGUACUUGUCUUCGGUUCCUGCUACUCUCUGCUCAUAGUCAUUUUAUUUCUCUACGGCAGUUGGGGCUUGACACGCUGGGAAAUAUUGCAGCAGAGCUUCUCUUGGAUCCUGUUGAUUUCAAAACUACUCAUCUAAUGUUUCACACUGUUACAAAAUGCCUCAUGUCAAGGGAUAGAUUUUUAAAAAUGAGAGGCAUGGAAAUCUUGGCAAAUCUUUGUAAGGCUGAAGAUAAUGGUGUCUUAAUCUGUGAAUAUGUGGAUCAAGAGUCCUACAAAGAGAUCAUAUGUCAUCUCACACUACCAGAUGUGCUGCUUGUAAUCUCAGCACUUGAGGUGCUAUACAUGCUCACAGAAAUGGGAGAAGUAGCCUGCACAAAGAUUUCUAAAGUAGAGAAGAGCAUAGAUACGUUAGUGUGUCUGGUUUCUAUGGACAUCCAAAUGUUUGGGCCUGAUGCACUUACUGCUGUUAAACUCAUUGAACAUCAAUGUGUUAGCCAGCAAGGAGUACCUGAUGUCAGACCACCCAUGAUGGAUCAUGGUUCUUCACAGGCACACGCAACAGGUAUCGCAGCCUCUAGAGCAGCACCACAUGUUGCUCCACCACCAGGAAUAGUAGAAAUAGACAGUGAGAAAUUUGCAUGUCAGUGGUUGAAUGCCCAUUUUGAGGUGAAUCUUGAUUGCUCAAUCUCUCGAGCGGAAAUGUACUCUGAAUACCUCUCUACCUGUAGUAAAUUAGCUCGAGGUGGAAUCCUAACAUCAACUGGAUUUUAUAAAUGUCUGCGAACUGUCUUUCCAAAUCAUACAGUGAAGAGAGUAGAAGAUCCAAUUAACAAUGGUCAAGCACAUAUACAUGUGGUAGGAGUGAAGAGGCGAGCUAUACCACUUCCCAUUCAGAUGUACUAUCAGCAGCAACCAGCUUCGUCUACUCCAAUUGUUCGGGUUGAUUCAAUUCCAGACAUGUCUGCGUCUCCUUCGCCAGCAGGACUCCCACAUGGGCCACAAAGCGUAGGAAAUCAUUAUCAAAGGACCCCUAUUAACCAGUCUUCAACUUUGACAGCAACACAGAUGUCUUUUCCAAUUCAAGGUGUUCAUACUGUGGCACAGACUGUUUCUAGAAUUCCACAAAAUACUGUUCAUGCACAGCAGCAAAAUGCUCCAAUGACUGUUAUACAGAAUAAAGGUCCAAUACCUGGUGAAGUCAUGAAGGCCACAGUAAUACAGAGCUCUGUUCCCCAGUCUGGCGUUCCUGUUACUAUUGCUGUAGGAGGAGCACCACAAGCUUCAAAUCAAAAUCACAGCAGUACAGGACCACAGCCGUCCGUUACUGUUGUUGGUUCUCAGACGUUGCUUCACCACCAACCUGUAAUUCAACAGCAGUCUCCACUGCAUGCAGUGGUACCAGGACAGAUACCUUCAGGCACUCCUGUUACCGUAAUUCAACAAGCUGUACCUCAGGGUCAUAUAUUUGGCAGAGUACAAAACAUACCAGCAUGCAGUUCAGCAGUUUCACAGGGUCAACAGCUGAUCAGCACAUCAUCGCAACCUGGGCAGUCGUCAUCUCAGCAGUCCUCUACUGGUAACCAGCAACAAGAUACAGUCAUCAUAGCACCACAGCAGUACGUCACAACCUCUGCAUCUAACAUUGUUUCUGCCACCACUGUUCAGAAUUUCCAAGUAGCACCUGGGCAGGUGGUUGCAAUUGCAGGCGUCCAAAACCCACCGACUUCUAGGGUAGGCUUUCAGAACAUUGCACCAAAGCCUCUGCCGUCUCAGCAAGUUCCACCUAAUGUACAGCAGCCGAUGCAGUCACAGCAGCAACCACCACAACCACCAUCCCAGCAAAGUGUAGUGAUUGUCAGCCAGCCAGCUCAGCAAGGUCAAACGUAUGCACCAGCCAUUCACCAAAUAGUGCUUGCUAAUCCAGCUUCUAUUCCUCCUGGUCAGACUGUUCAGUUGACUGGACAGCCAAGCAUUACUCCAUCUUCUUCACCAUCUCCAGGUCCGGUUACAAAUAAUCAAGUCCCUACAGUUAUGUCAUCUUCAUCUACCCCUUCUCAGUCACAAGGACCCCCUCCUACUGUCAGCCAGAUGCUUUCUGUAAAGAGACAGCAGCAGCAGCAGCAGCAGCAACAACAUUCACCAGCAUCUUCACAGCAACAGGUACAACCACCGAUGCAAAUGCAAGUUCAGUCCCAGCAAGCUAAUACAGGAGUUGGCCAGCCUAACUCUGGUGAAUCUAGUCUGAUAAAACAACUACUUCUUCCAAAAAGAGGCCCCUCAACUCCGGGGGGGAAGCUUAUACUCCCAGCUCCACAGAUUCCUCCACCUAACAAUGCAAGAGCUCCUAGCCCUCAGGUGGUUUAUCAGAUGGCCAAUAACCAAACGCCAGGUUUUGGAGUACAAGGGCAGUCUUCAGCUCAACAGCUGCUAGUUGGACAACAGCUGGUCCAGGGUGCAGUCCAGCCCCAAGGGGCAGUACAAACAGUACCCAUUUCUAACUUACAGAUAUUGCCAGGUCAGUUGAUCUCAAACAGCCCAGCAACUAUUUUCCAAGGGACUACUGGCAACCAGGUUACGAUAACAGUUGUGCCAAAUACAAGUUUUGCUACUGCAACUGUGAGUCAGGGAAAUGCAACUCAAAUCAUUGCUCCAGCUG